AGCGGGUUCAAAAACAGAUUGUGGGCAACUGUGGAUGCAUUGUACGACUUUUCUUUUCUUAUAUUCUCCAAAGACAUGGGGGAAUGAGUUCUUUUGCACAUUUAUGCAGUGGACGCCAAUGACAGGAUCCGUGUUUCUUUUUUCAAAGGCCUGAUGUUGGGACCAUUUUGCAUUGCAUGCACCCCAAAAUCAAGAUCUCAAACUAGAGGAAAUGCACUAAAAGGCAUUGCUUCCAGUGGAAAAGGCUAGUUUCCAAAACAGCCAUGAAACCUCCUGGCGAGGAAGAGAAUCAGCGGCUGGGCACACUCUUGCUCAACACCCUGGCAAGAGAAAGGCGUCUUUGGAAAGCACCGGUGCUUAAGAACGGUUGCAUUCAGGGUUCAGAUAUCAGCCCACCUCAGUACCAUGACGCGAUCGUGUGGUUGCGUGAAAUGAGCAGCCUAUUCCAGUUUUCUUCAGAGACAUUCGCUUUGGGAGUCUGUGUUCUUAACAGCCUGCUCGCAGCAGUCAAAACCCGGCUGAAAUACCUCAGAUGCAUGGCCAUCACCUCUCUGAUCCUUGCUGCAAAGAUCAACGAGGAAGAUGAGGUGAUCGCAUCGGUUAAAGACUUGCUGGAGCAAAGCAGAUGCAAGUUCUCAACAGCUGAGAUUCUUCGCAUGGAGCGAGUCAUAUUGAACAAGCUGCACUGGGACCUUUACAUCGCCACGCCAAUGGACUUCAUUCACAUUUUCCACGGCCUGCUGAUGUCCAGGCUUCCUCAGAAGAGACCCUGCCUCCAGGCGUCGCUGUGGACCAGACAGGUGCAGCACUGUAUGGCCUGCCACCAGCUCUGGCAGUUCAAGGGCUCCAUGUUGGCUUUGGCCAUCAUCACUUUGGAGUUGGAGAAGCUGACGCCUGAUUGGUUCUCUGUGUUUACCGACCUGCUGACGAAAGCACAGAUGGAGAGCUCAGAGUUCAUCUGCUGUAAGGAGAUGGUGGAUGAGUACCUCAGCGGCCUCCAGCUCUCCUUACACACCAACGCCGUCUACAUUUUGGACGCCUCCAGCAUGCUGGCGUUCAGAGGACACGAGGAGGGAGACGGGGACAGAAAGAAAGGGGACCGAGACAUGGACGACUAUUAUGACGGUUUCUGGUGCUUUUAUGAUGAGGAUGUGUCGGUGAAAACAGCAGACCGUAGACUGCAGGAGACACAAGAACAGAUCUCGUCCUGUCCUCCGUUACGACCCUCUUCUAGUCAGUAAUCUAACGAGUGCUUCGGGGAAAGCUGUGAGCGGCUAAAUGAUGGCCAAGGCACUUUUUGAUUUCUUUUAUGAAAGCUUUAUGCAGCACUUUAACCAUAUUUGAGAUUUCUAUUACAUUUGUUUUUUUAAUUCCUUUUAUAUGUUUUUAUAUUUUUCAUACGAGUUAUUCAUACUGUAAGAUUAUGGUGCUUUAACAGAAAUCUUUUUGUUGGCCAAUUAAUUCCUUAAUGAAGUUAUGCUUUAUAGUGUUAUGCAUUUUGAAGUUAUAUCCAUUGACAUUUCAUAAUGUUGCUUGAUUUGUAGUAUUAAUGUGAAGAUGAAAUUACAUUUCAGAUAUUUCAGUGUUCACUCUGUUUUAAGCAGAAUGCCUCGUCUCAACCCUUUCCUAAGGCAGCUACAGAUAUCAUAUUCCUCCUUUUCUGAAAUGAAACAAAUAAAAACUUCCUUUCCUAAAA